AUGAGUUCAUCGUACAACAGAUUCGACGAGAGCUAUACGGCAGCAGUCCGCCGGUCACUGGCAACCUUCCACGAGAACUUAAGCAAAGGCCGACUGCAAGACAAUGGACCUCUGUUCACGAAAGAUGUACAAUGGAACUUUGACGGGUCACUUCUCAUCUCCAGGCAGUCCGCUAUCACAACCCUGCAAGCCGUUGUCAAUGGCAUCUUCGACGAUGCAGAGGCAAGCGAUUUAUACCUCAUCGUGGACGGCGGAGUGGGUGCCGUUCUAUUCGAACUGCGUGGUACUCCUAGUGUGCCGCAGACCGGCCCGUUCGCUGGACUGGAUGUUGUACCCGGAGCUCCGCUUAACGUUCGCAGCGCUGAGCUGAUGGUGUACAACGAGGAGGCAUUGGUUGAGCAGAUCAAUACGAUCGAUCCAUUGGCUCUGCUCCAGUCGCAGCUCACUGGCGCAUCUGAAGCGCCGCCAUACGACAGCACUUUCACUCGCCCAGCGAACUCACAAACGUCAUCUGCAUACCGCGAUAUGCUUAGACGCCGCAUGGUCGCACUUCAUGAGAACGUCAACUCGGGGCAGGCUAGUCGCAAUGCGGAGAUGGCUGACGAAGGUGUCGAGGUUGUCAGCACCGGAAGGGUUUCGGAAAAGGGAAGAGAUGCCUUCGUUCAAUUGGUCUCCUCGCAUAAUGCUGGCCAGGGUGCUUUCCUGAACAAAGUCUUCCACGAUGGCUACACUCUUGCCGAUGGCCAUCUUGGUGCGAUCGACUACGUCUGGCAGGCAGCACAAGAGAGUGCCUACAUGGGCAUAGCUGCCGAUCAGUCGAAGUCGGUUCGCAUGAGAGGCAUGUUGUUCUUGGAGUUCAAUGAGGAGGGUCUGAUUGUCAAGGCCACCGAUGUGAGCGAUGAGAGUGUUAUUGGUACCCAGCUGAACUUGACUGGGCCGUUUCUGUACCCUUGA